CCUAAAACAGCAACUGGUCAAGUAGUUAUCGCACAGUGGGAGUUACCUUUUUAUACAAUAUCGCCAGUUAACUUUUUAGCGAGUUUUUUUUACCACUUCCCGUGGUGCAUUAACGUCCAAAAUACAAGCUGGAAAAUUUCUUUCUAGCCUAAUGAACAGAAAAUAUCGGAUGAUUUUUUUGCGCUGGCUUCAAAUGGCGUUCAGUCUCAUCAAAACUGAUCGGCGGAAAGCCGCAUCAAAAGUAUAGUCCCAAGUGGGAUCGUUAGCAUAGUUAUGAAGAGGAAGUCAUAUCAAUAAGUUCACGCUUCAUCAAUUCCGGUUUACAUACUGGCUCUACGAAUUAUUCAACAUGAAUAUUUUCUCAUUAUUCGGGCACAAAUAUAGAAGUUCCUUUUCAACAAUCAAAAUAUUUAACCAAUUUUUCAAUGACCCGGUGCAAAAAAUGAACCCCCAAGAAUUUAACUUAGACGUAAAAAUCCAUACGUCAAAAAUCCCGAUUAAAACAAUCAAGUCGAUGACUUAACCUGGUCAAAACAAUUCCCAGUAAAAAGUAAAACUGGCCAACAGCCAGGUAAUGCUACGUAAGUUACUUUCUGGCGCACAAGGGGAUAUUGUUAUCCGGAUUAAAUUAAGGCGCGUUUGCGAUUUAUCUAUUGGAAGUCGAAAUAGCGGCAGACUAUUCUAUAAACUUUCAUUAUACUGCCAAUUUCUGGUUAAGAAACAGUUCGUCUACCAAAAGGCGUCCACAAAAAACUUUCCCUAGCAACCAAGUCGCAAAAAUUUACAGAGCACGUCAUUUAAUCGGAGAAAGAAAAAUAGAACUGAUCAGAACUCAAUUUGUCUAUAUCUAACCCACAUUUGCCUGAAAAAAGUUUCUGGACAUAAAGGAUAAAUUAUCAGUGAAGAAAGAAGCAUUUCAGAUUCCAAAACUCAUCAAAAUUAAAAAGCGAUCAUUCGAGACGAGCUAGCAAACGCGUUUCUCAAUUAAUCCUGUCGCCAAAUUUCCGUAUUAUUUUUUAAGUUGAGCUUUUAGCCUUAACUUAUCACACAUCAUAAAGUUCUAGAUUAUUGUCGCCCAGGUCUGAAGAUAACUUUGAAAACACGGCAAAGUAAACCCUGAAAUUAAUCUGCAAAGCAAAAUGGUCAAAGCUAGUUGCGAAUCUCAAAGCAAUGCGGCCAACGUGCCGCAAGCACGGCGCAAAUCCAUAUACCAAGAAUUAGAGCUAAUGAUGGAACGAAAAAGUACUCUUCAAAUUCUAGCUUUCCUACCGCUGGUGUUUUUGUAUCUAUAUUUGGGAGUUGCUUUUGGAUGCAUUCGUAUUUACCUAACACCUUUACCCUUUCGUUGCUACACGCCAAUUGAAAACGACCCGAUUUUUGACGAAUUGCGAAACUCUGAGAAGCGUCGAAGUGCGAACAAGAUCGAACAACUUCUGUUGCCCGACCGGGAUUUGAACACCAACCCUCGAAGAUUUGAAAGUCCGCAUAGUUGCAAGAAAUAUAAUUCAGAUCAUGUUGAAUCAAUUCUUAAACGUCAAAACGGAAGAAAUAUCACACUGGAGCAGUUUCGGAUUUAUAUUGACGAAAUGGCCGAAAAUCCGCCUGAAGUUGAGAACUGCGGUGAGCUAGGGUGGCAGUUUCAGAAAAACGAAAUCGAGCACAAUCUGAAAACGAAAUACAAACUGGUAUGCGAAAGAGCAAUCAUGCUAAAAACUAUGAGCUCAUUGGGAUCAUUGGGUCAACUUCUCGGCUCGGUGUUGCUCAGUUUCGGAGACAUUCUCGGUCGCAGCAUGCUAUUCCUUAUUGCGUCAUCCAUUCACGCAGCAGCGGGAUUCCUCAUGUUGUUCAUGCCUACAUUCAUGGGCUAUGUAGUGUGUUACAUGUUCUACAUGGGAGCGGCCAUAACACUCUUCGCGCUUGGAACUAUAGCGGCAAGUGAGUUUUGGAGCACGAAGCCGAAGAAACGAAUCGUGAGCGUUUCGAUGCUCGGCAUGACAUUUGGAGUCGGAAUCGCGAUAGCCGGACAACUCUCUUUAAACACCAGCGAUUGGAUAACUCUGCAUGCAACGUUAACCACAUGCUACGUCUUCAUAACAGCUCUUCUCUUUCCGCUAAUCGCAUUCAUUUCAAAUCCCGAUUUCAACGCCAAAUUCGAAGAGUUGUCGAAGUGGAACUUCGCCAAGUUUUUGUUCAAGUCCUCCGUUCGAAAGCGAAGUCACAUUGGCAAUCACGGCGUGCCAAUUCCAACUUCAUACAGCGAUGGGGAUUCGGACGAUGGUGGGAAUUGGCUUUGGAGCCCAAUGAAAUUGUUGAAAAACAGCAUCAUUGUAAAAUUGUAUAACCACAAAGGGUUCAGAUUCGUCUCGUGGCUGUUGAUUCUGAACUGGACAGCCAACACUGUGGUAUACUACAGUAUAAACUACUACAUGCCCCCCGAAAACCUCCAGCUGAUCCCCCUCACUCUCGAGUGGAGUCUCUACGAGGGGGGCUUCUUCGAAGUCUCGUCCAUAUUUCUAUACCUCAUGACCGCUCUUUUAUGGAAGAAUAGAAUUAAGACCUACUGUCUGUUUCUGACCCUGUGCGGUGCCUCCAGGACCUUCGCUCUCUUCUUCGGAUCCUUCCCAAUCCUGGAGUUCCUCCUCACCAGACUCAGUUCUAUGACGUCACCAGGUGCAUUCAAUGGACUGUACCUUCUCACCAUUGAACUGCUUCCCGAGUGUCAUAGAUGCACGCUACUAGGAAUUAGCUCUGGCGGUGGACGUCUAAUUGGAGUGGUCCUACCAUACCUCGUUCCCUACUUCGACCAGAUAUUCGUUAACUUGGUCUGGAUGAUUUGCGGGUGUAUCGCAGUCGGCGCCGCACUCAGUUCGCUCCUCGUAACUGGCGGAGCAAGCGUGAAUAAAUUAUGCAAGACUUUCGAGCAGUGCGUUCACGCAAAAAUGUACUACACCUUGUUGGAUUAUGACGAAGAUCGAAGACGGGAGUAUCACAUGUUAAAAGUGGAACAGGAAGUCGAGAGGAGUUUAGAGUCUGAUAUUGCGCAUAAAUUGUACCAAAGGAAUUGUGGGAAGAAAUUUCCGAUGUUGAUGAAAGAGCAACAACAGCAUCAAACGAUUAACUGAACUACUCCUGCAUGCGAAAUCUCAAAAAUAUAUAUUACCUAACAUUUCUAGCCUUCGAUCUAGAUUGAAAUUGAUGAAGAUAGUUUUUGUAAUUUACUGAAAUGCUAAUUUACUGAAAAUUGCAUAAAUUCGUUGCA